AUGCAUAUCCACUCCCUUGAGAUUCAACACAAAGGUGACAAACCAAUUAAAUUGAAGACAUCUGAGUCAUACCCUCCUUGCUUCAACACUUUUCAUAUCUGAAAAUGGCUUUCAAAGCUUCUUCUUUCCUUGCCCUUGUUCUCAUUUCCAAUAUCCUCCUUGCCACAACAGUUGCUGGACGCAGCAUUGCCGAGAACACAAACUCAGAGGACAAGAAAGAGCCUCAGUUCUUGUUCAAGUCUGAUGGUAGAGUGCAUAUUCCAGGCAUUGGACAUUUAGGAUUUCCACCUAAACAUCACUUUGCACCUCAUAAUCCAUUUACUGGUGGCAAUGGUGGAGCAGGAACAGGAUCAGGAUCAGCAUCAGAACCACGAUCAGGAUCACCAGGUCGCAGUUAUGUUCCAGGUGGUGAUGACACUUUUGUGCCAAACCCUGGUUAUGAGGUUCCCAUUCCUGGCAGUGCUGGUAAUGUUCCAACACCAGUUCAUCCAUGAGUUAACUCAUGCAUGAUUGUAAUGCAUGCAUGGCUAGAGGUAGUUAGUAAGUCGAUAAUGUUAGAGAGUGCGAUGCUAGCAUUUUUCUGACAGAUAAAUAAGUGUGCUCCUUUGUGCACGUUGGUAGUGUAUAUGGUGAUAAUCAUCAUGGAUUAAUCGCCAAUUGUCGAGUCUUUCGGUUUGUUUUUCCUUGUAGUCUUGUUUUAAGCUGAAUUAAGUAUGAUGUAAGGUUUUUGGCUCUUCAAAUUAAGUAGUUGCUUAUGAAUAUGAGGCCUAGAAAAUAAUUUAGUUGUUGUGGUUCAAAUGUUU